AUGGAAGUCUCGCAUCGACCCAACGCAAGUGCAUCCUCCUCAUCCUCAUCACGCCAUCAACCAACACCUUCUACCUCAUCCUCACGUGGACUUGUCCCGUUGACCCCGCCUGCUUCACCUUUAACGCAUGUUCAGGCGAUUCACGAUUUUGAUCCAGCGCUCUUGGCUUCGACCUCGGCAGCAGGGAGCAACAUUUACCUCUCUUUUAAAGCUGGAGAAAUCAUUCGUGUCCAUGUACAGGACGACAGUGGUUGGUGGGAUGGAGAGGUUACGGGAGAGAAGACGAAUGGAUUGAGACGAGGAUGGUUUCCGAGCAAUUACGUCAAGACGAUCAUGGGGCGACCAUCCUCUACGCGCAACGAUUCUAUCUCUACCACCCACACUCGCACGGCAUCGGCGACCUCUCAUCGAUCACGCGCCUCGACAUCGACACUCCCUGAGAAUUUACAACAGCUUCUCAAGCCUGUGGUAGAGGCCCUGUCACUGUUGGAAUCAGCCAUACAGUCGAAUCACAAAUCGCAUAUUCAACCGUCCACAGCAUGCGUCAUUUCCUCCAUACGCUCGGCCUUGCAGCAAUCAGAUUGUCUGAGCAAGGAGUCCGCGACAUUGACAAAGUGGCCGAUACUGGGCAAGGAACGUAAGAUUGUACUCGUCGAAUUAUCGAGGCUCGUCGCAUGCGCCAGGACAGCAAGUGGAGCCGAAGGCGAGACGGAAAACCCAGAAGCAGAUAUGGAGGCCCUGGCGAAAUCCGCGAGGGGGGUCUUUGGAUCUGUCAAACGUCUACUUCACAUGGCCAACGAGUGCGGUGUUCAGCCGAGCUCUGUGCCGAUGCGGGAGACGGCCUCUGCGCCUGGAGACUCGAGAUCCCUUAGGGCAGCCAGCAUGGGGGAUCUGAGAGGCACACGCAAAGUAUCGAGUCCGCCACCACCCAUGCCAUCUAUCCGUGCUGCCUCAGCGCUCGGUCGUGCAAGAUCUCCUUCCAUUGCUACGCCAGUCUCGGCGACUUUUACCUCGUCUUCAGGUCGAUCGACACCCGUAUCAGAACGAUCCAGACACCACGGCAGUAUGGAUAGCAGCUCGACUAGCCAUUCGUCAGAAUCGAUUGAAACGACACCUGUCCCACCGAGUGGGACGUUUGCCGAGCCUCAAAGUGCUGCCGAUGUGCAGAUUGCCAUUGGAGCUGCUGAAGACGCCUUGCUGUCCAUCAUUGCCGCCUUUAUCGGUCAUAUCCAUUCUCACCACAUCAGUUCACACCCGUCAAGCCAUGCCAAUCUCAUCGAGAUGACCCGAGAGACGAUCGAUGCUGUGCGGUCUGUCCUGACGAUCGUCGAGGCGGUCGGAAGGCAUCCUUCUGUGCGAGAGACUCGCUCGCGCGAGAUUGAUCAACUUCGCAUAGCCAAAGACAAUCUCUACGAAGUCGCUUCGAGGCUCGUCGAGGGAGCCGAGGUGGUGGCAAACGCAGAGACCGCUGAAGAAAACUACGAUCAAGUCAAGGCCAGACUUCUUCAGACAGCGACUGGGACAUUGCGUGCUGGCACAGAAUGCGUGCGGCUCGUCAGACAGUGUGUCGUCGAGGAUGUCCUCACGCCUCGUCCACCCUCGACCAACGCGGCAUCCCGCCUCGUACCUGAUUCGAGUCUUGUCCUUCGCGACAAGGUGGUUGGUGAGCGUGGAAUGCACACCCUCUCUGCGUUACAUCGAAAAGCCAGUUCGUUGGGUCAACUGAAGAAACGAUACGGGGCCAGUCAACCUGAAGAAGUCGUAGAAGAGGAUGAGGAUCUCACCAUGGUAACUGUCAGACCUGAUCUUUUACGGACUCAAUCUGAAGAUUCGGUCAAGGCCCGCAGUCGAUCUUCGAGCUUGUCAUCCCCGGCACCGCCUCGCAUGUCGCACCGCUCACCGUCUCGCUCGGCCGACCUCGACAAAUUCACCAGCGACUUCACCUUGCCCGGUCGUUUACCUCACGCUAGUACGUUGAGCGUUCCCGCUACCCCCCUGGCCUUGGCCGACUCACCGGCCCUUGGAUUCAUCCGAGAUGACUCUGGUAUCGUUGAUUCACUCGACACGGACGCCACGCCCGGCAGGCGGCCAUCCAUGGCCCCCCGAGCUGUGACUGCGCCUUUGCCCUCUGCCAGUACUGAUGUGCGAUUCUGGGUGGUCGCGCACGAUUAUGACCCAAAGGAGAUCUGCUUCAAUUCCGAGGGCAAUAUCAUUGGGGCCAGCUUGGCGGUCCUUGUGGAGAAGAUGACUCCGCAUGAUGUACCGCCAGAGCAUACCUUUUGGCAGACGUUCUUUUACACAUUUCGGCUGUUCACCACACCCGACACAUUGCUCCAAGCUCUCAUUGACCGGUACGAUCCGCCGCCGCCGCCUCACGUCUCUUUUGGUGAUCGCGAACGGGCCAUAUGGAUCGAGCGCAAGGUAGUGCCUGUGCGACUCCGAGUGUACAAUGUGCUCAGAGCUUGGCUGGAGACACAUUGGAAACCAGUUGAUGAUCCGAUAUUGGAUGACCUUUCCGGCUUUUCCAAUGUCAUUGCGCGGACUCUGCCAGCCAUGGCUCCGAGGUUGCAGACUUUGAUACGGAGACGCAUGUCUGGACCUCUUUCUGCGAUUUCAGAGCCUGGUCGGGAAUUCAUCGGUCUGCCUCCAACGCCGAUCAUUUCUAAAUCCCUCAAUGCCAUGCUGCUCAAGCACCCGUCCUCGGCUGUCGUCCCCAUCAUCGAAUUUGACACACUCGAAUUGGCACGUCAGUUGACCUUGUUCGAGUCCAAGCUGUUCUGCCGAGUGUCACCUGAGGAUUUGCUGCAAACUGGCAAGAAGACGAUCCCAGAGCUCCGCGCGUUAUCGACUGUCAGUAAUCAGAUCACUGGCUGGGUAGCGGACAAUGUGCUCAACGAGCUGGACACGAAGCGCCGUGCGGGAUUGUUGAAAUUUUACAUCAAACUGGCUGACAAAUGCCUACUGUUGAACAACUUUUCUACCCUGUUCGCCUUGCUCGCCGGCUUAAACAGCAGCAUAGUGACGCGGCUGAAGAAAACCUGGGACGCGCUUCCCGGGAAAUACCGGCUCGUCCUUGAUCGGCUUCAAAGCGUGAUUGAUCAUUCAAGAAAUCACGCCACAUAUCGAGCGCGCUUGCGGGAAGUUGACGGUUCUUGUUUGCCUUUCCUUGGCCUCAUUCUUACCGAUAUCACUUUCACAUCCGAUGGAAAUCCUGAUUUUCGUCCGUCUGUCCUCGCACCAGAUACCAAAUUGAUCAAUCAAGACAAAUACACCAAGCUAGGCAAGAUUGCCAUUGAUUUCGCAAAGUAUCAGCAGCCGUUCAACUUUCACGAGCUUGAACAAGUUCAAACGUUCCUUCGGCGCGCACUGACUGAACGAGGCAGUCAAUCGCUAGAUGCGUUGUAUAGAAAGAGCUGUGAGUAUGGGCUUCUGAGCGUAUCUGACGUCAGUGAUGCUCGAGCCUCGCAAGGGAGCUGA